UUCGUGAUUUAUGAUUCCUCAAUAAUAUUUAUUGACAAUAUGUUGAAAUCUUUACGAUAUCAAAUGUGAAUUUAAAUAUAUUUAAACCCUAUUUAAACCAAAAUAUCAAGUUCAGGAGUGAAGAAAAAAAACAAGUUUUAAAAAAAUCCACAGAAAGUUAAAAUUAAACUUGAAGUCAUAUUUUUGUCAAAAAGAAAUUAUCAAGUGUGUUAGUAGAGGAUUUAAUGUUAUUCUCAUAAAUCACAGAAUCUCUUUGGGAAAUUUCCAUAUUUUUUUGACUACGUCUAUCAAUUCUAGUCUGCUAAUCUGCCUAAUCAGACAUACAAAAAAUGACAACGUUUUUAAGUCUUAUUUUUGUAAUUUUUUUUAACGUAGUCUUAAUUAAUUCCCAUGAAGAGGGAAGUCAAUGUCCGAAUUUUGAUGGAUCUACUGGAAUAUGUAGGGUACAGACUAAAUGCAAGUGGGCUUUAGACGGCUUAAAGAAUAAGCAAUUUACAGUGCGACAGUUAGUGCAAUGUGGGUUUCAAAAUAGGAAUGUUAUAAUAUGCUGCAAAGAAGAUAUUCCUCCACGACCUGAUGAAAUAAAUUUUCAAACUACAACAAGGAAGCAUGAAGCAGGGGAUAUUGUGUACACUGAUGAUGAUGAUUUACAGUCAAUACCAAAAGUGCCAAGAAAAGCACUGCAAGCAUGUGACAAAAUCAAGAAAAUUAAUUUACUAGGCAUCGAUUUUCACAUCCUAAAUGGUAAUCGAACAGAAGUUGGUGAAUUUCCACAUCAAGUUGUUUUGGGAUAUUUGGAUGAAGUUGACUCUACUAAAGGUCCUUCAUGGGAUUGUGGUGGUAGCUUGAUCAGCAGAAAUUUCGUAUUGACAGCGGCUCAUUGUGCCAAUAGUAAGCAGCGACAACCGAAAGUUAUUCUUCUCGGAAAAACCUCACUUGACAAUGCAGAUGAUCUUGACCCAACUGUAAUUCCUGUUAAGGACGUCAUCUUACAUCCAAGUUACACAUCACGACAAAAAUACAAUGAUAUAGCUUUAAUUGAGAUGAAUACACCCCCUUCAUUUGAGUAUACUAGAACUCUUAGACCAGCAUGUUUAUACACAAAAUCAACAUUAUUAAAUGAACAGGCAAUAAUAACAGGCUUUGGAAUCGUAGAAGUACAAACAAGACAAAAAUCAACCUGGAUGAUGAAAGCAUUUUUGAGGGAACUUCCGCUCGAAGAAUGCCGUGCAAAAUAUUUGCCAACAGGAUUAUCAAAAAUACCCGAUAAUCUCAGACAAACACAAAUGUGUGCAACAGGCGCAACGCCUGACGGAAGCACGAUCGAUGCAUGUCAAGGUGAUUCAGGUGGACCUUUACAAAUUAAAGAAAUGGUUCUUGCUGAUCCAUUCUACACCGUCGUAGGUGUGACUUCAUUCGGUGCUAGCUGUGGAUCGUCAAUUCCAGGUGUUUAUACGAGAGUAUCAGAAUAUCUCGAUUGGAUUGAACAAGUUGUAUGGCCGAAAGCUAAGGUUGAAAUUUAAAGAACAAAUUACUCUGUGUUAAAAAAUAAAUAAUUAAACAACACGUGA